AAUCAAUCUUAGCUGCUAAAAAACGGAGAGUUGGAUUUAUUUUCAAACGAAGAAGAAAAGUAAAGCUAAACAUGGCGACUCCCAUGCACAGAAUAAUCGCCAGGCGGCAAGCGGAGGCUAACAAACAACACGUGCGUUGCCAGAAGUGUUUGGAGAUGGGACACUGGACGUACGAAUGCACAGGGAAGCGCAAAUAUGUGCACAGACCCUCAAGAACAGUUGAGAUGAAGAAAAAGCUGAAGGAAAUUGAGAAUCAACCUAGGAGCAUCACCGGACCAGGACAUCAAAGCUCCAGUGAGAAGAAAACCAAAAAGGCUAAAGACUCAAGUGGGAGCAGCAGCGAGUCAGACAGCUCAUCCAGUGACUCAUCCACAGACAGCAGCGAUUCCUCAAGCUCAUCUUCGGACGACGACAGCAGCAGCGAAGAUGACAGCUCAUCUUCUUCCACCUCUUCAUCGUCGUCAUCCUCCGACAGCUCAGACUCCGGAAGUGGCAGCGACUCAGAUCAGGAACCUCCAAAGAAGAAGAAGAAAAAGAAAUGAGGAUAUCGGAGCUGUAAUACGGUGUAAUGUGUUCUUGUUUUAGCAGUCUAUCUUCCUGCAUCUAGUCUGCGCUGAUGACAUGGAAAACUGCUUGUACAGUUUUGUUAGAAAUUUACAAAAAGCUGACUUUAGAUUACUAAUAACAUGUUCUUUUUUGUUGAUCCUACUCAGGGCAACCGUUUGAGCUAUCUGAGGUGUAAAAUGUCCUCUUUCUUUGUAUUCCAUCUUGACUAAAGUACUGUGUAUUUUAUCCAAGUUUCUUCUCCUCUGUAACUCGCAAAGUUGCCACCAUGUUAUUGAAAAUGUAAGCUGUUAAAAGAACCAAAUUAAAAAAAUAGUUUGAUUAGU